AUGCGAAGGGGAGUGACGCAGAUAUCGAAAACCCCAAAGCUACUCCACUCUUUCCGGUGCAUGACCUGAAAUAAACUCCGCAUAUCAACCGCCCCUUAGUUCCCCUCCUCACCCCGGGCUGCGGGCGCGAAACCUCGGGCGGAGGACAUCGCCGGUUUCGCGGACGGGGACUGUAUGUGCCAGUCGCCGCCCUCCUUGGGAUUGGGGGUGCCAUACCGGUUGGAGGUUGCGGUCGAACCCCGAGGACUCGAUGCGAUAACCAGUGGCUAGACAUGCCGCAGCCCAAGUCACGAAAGCUCGCCAUCCUCGGCUACCGAUCCGUAGGCAAGUCCUCUUUGACCAUUCAGUUCGUUGAGGGCCAGUUUGUGGACUCCUAUGACCCCACAAUAGAAAACACGUUUACUAAAAUGAUCACGAUAAACGGACAAGAGUAUCAUCUUCAGCUGGUCGACACGGCAGGACAGGACGAGUACUCCAUCUUCCCACAGACGUAUUCCAUUGACAUCAACGGCUACAUCCUGGUCUAUUCCGUCACGUCCAAUAAGAGCUUUGAAGUGGUCCAAGUCAUCCACGAAAAACUGCUGGACAUGGUGGGGAAAGUUCAAGUUCCCAUCAUGCUCGUCGGAAACAAGAACGACCUGCACAUGGAGCGAGUAAUCAGCUGCGAAGAGGGGAAAGCUCUCGCCGACUCCUGGAACGCCGCCUUCAUGGAAUCCUCGGCCAAAGAGAAUCAGACUGCCGUGGAGGUUUUCCGCAGGAUGAUCCUGGAGGCGGAGAAGAUGGAUGGCGGCGCACAGCCCGGCAAGACGUCCUGCUCGGUCAUGUAGGAAAAGGCCACAAACAAUGCGCCUACACACAGACACAAACACACACAGGACAACUGCACUGGGAUAUCCCGUUUUACUUGAAGGCUACCUAACGCCAAUUCUCCACCACCACGCCGGGUCCUGAAUAUCCUCCAUGGCCCUGGAUCUUAUUUAUCAGUAUUGUCAUCCAUCAUUUUCCUUUUAGCGCGCUCGGUUGUGGAAGCCGGACGAGUGGCGCUCAUGUAUUUAAUCCCAAAUCGUGUAUCAAAACAAGCGUCCCACCCACCCCUUCCCUCCCCCCAACCAUGUGGUCAUAAUUAUAAUAACUAGAUAAAGACUUUUCUUCCGGUACGUUUUAUUUUGUUUCCAUAUAGCAGUAAGUGUCAGCCAAAUAGUAGUGAACAAACAAAAUGUCAUCCAUUUUCUAAAGUUGAAAAUGUUGUACAAAUGUUUUGGAUUGUAAUCAUUAAAGCCAAAAGUGGUUAUGUACAAAG